UCCACCCCAGACUUGGACCAGGACUUGAGUCCAGCCUUGGAGCCUUCGCCUCCAUCCCGUGCCUCUCCACCGUCAGUCUGUGUCUGCUUGUUGCUGGUGCCUCUCCUCUGUCCGUUGCCACUGCUGGUCGCCUCCGCUGCUGUUCCUCGCCCCAGCGGCAGCUGCUGCUGCUCGGGCCGACCUGCCGCCACUGCUGUUGGCCUCUGCUGCUGCUACUCGCUGCUCCUCUGUUCUGCUCCGCCAUCUCCUCUGAGGUCACUAAGCCCAAGAUGCCCGCAAAGAUGGCAGCUUUCUUGAUCGAAUCGAACAGGAGGUCUAUGUUACUUCAAUGCUGGACCUGGACCAGGUCGAUGACAACAAGCAAAAGGGUUCAGGACAGAAGCAAGCUCAAGAGGGUGCAUGAUCUUGAGGUCGUGACCGAGAAGCACAAGAUAGCCUCGAAAAUGCUCUUUUUGAUGGAGGUGCUGAAGAAAGAACCCGAGAUGGUCGCCCCGGUGAGGUCGCUUGACCAGUACCGCAGGCAGAUUAACUUGCCCAAACCUCACAGUCUUGUUGAUUUCAUUCGUAAGUCCCCAAGAUUGUUCGAGCUUUACAAGGAUCAGAAAGGGCUGCUUUGGUGUGGAAUGACCAAUGAGGCUGAGGAAUUGGUGGAGGAAGAGGAUAAGCUGAUUGAGGACAAUAUGGACCGGGCUGCUGAGUAUGUCACCAGGAUGCUGAUGAUGUCGGUUGAUAAGCGGCUUUCUCUCGACAAGAUUGCACAUUUCCGGAGAGAUUUCGGUCUUCCCGCUGAUUUUAGAACUGGCUGGGCACAGAAGUACCUGGAACACUUUCAGGUGGUUAAGUCUCCUGAUGGGCCUGAGUACUUGGAGCUGGUGGGAUGGAAUCCUUCUUGGGCAAUCACGGAGUUGGAGAAGAAGGCAGUAGUUGGAGGAACUGAAACCAAAUCCACCACUCCCUCUAUGCCAGGAUUGCUUUCUUUGCCUUUUCCGCUGAAGUUCCCUCCCAAUUUCAAGAAGGUUUAUAGGAUUGGCGGGAAGCUCGAGCACUUCCAGAAACUUCCUUAUUUGUCACCCUAUGCUGAUGCUCGCGGCCUAGAACCCGGGUCGAAAGAGUUUGAUAAGAGGGCUAUUGCAGUGAUGCAUGAGAUCCUCAGCUUUACUCUGGAGAAGAGAUUGGUCACUGAUCACCUUACCCACUUUCGGCGUGAGUUUGUUAUGCCUCAGAAGCUGAUGAGACUUCUUCUGAAGCAUAUGGGCAUCUUUUAUGUCUCUGAGAGGGGAAAAAGAUUUUGCGUCUACCUCACAGAAGCCUACGAAGGCCGUGAACUAAUUCAGAAACCUCCACUGGUUCUAUGGAAGGAAAAAGUCCUGAGCCUUACCGGUUACCGAGGGAAGAAAAAGCAGAUCGAGACUUUCAGUGACUUUUCGGACACAGAAGAUGAAGAUGUGAUUGAAAGUAACCCUGAGGAUGGAAAUGUCAUAAGCAGCUAAGCUGAAGAAAAAGCUGUCUUGGAAUUUAAGGAUGUCCUGCUCUUGGACAGCAAUGAGAUGGAUGCUUGAGAAGUUCACAGGGCAUACAAACCCAUGGUGACCCAUUUUGAGAUUUUGCUAUGUUACUGAACCUGCCUGGUGAUUUGAUAAGGCUGGAUAUUCUCUCCAAGGACAUAUGUCAUUUCGUUCACAGUUUUGAGGAAGUGGCAAACUGGCCUUCAUUACUUAAGAAGCUUUGACACUUCAUUGCACCUCCUUGAUGAUUGUCUUGGGAAUUAUGAUGCCGUCUCUUCCCUAAACAAGGAGAUGAUCAUAAAAAGCAAGCCUUCAUAAUAGAUCUGUGGUACCAUCCUGUCAUUAUUUUGAGCUGUUAUCUUGUCAGGCAUAGGUUUUAGAAGUUAUUAUUGUGAAUCCAGUGAAAUAAUUUACCUAAAACAAUGGAGCCAUCAUAUGUUGACUGGGAAUUGAUUGUGGGUUUCAUUUUUUUCCAAUAUCAAAGAGAGAUGUUAUAUUAACAUUCUCAUUAGUCCAGCUUUAAAUUUCCAAAAAUGCCCAUCUUUUAUACACACACACACACACACACACACACACACACACAGAGUCUUUUAAGGCCAUCAUCAGAUUAGAUUGAACAAAAGGACAAAUUCUUGAAUUAAAACUCAUCAUCACUCUUACUUCCCAAUUUUUCAUUUGUCUCUCUCUUCUCACUAGAGCCGCCCCUUAAUUCCUUUGGAAUUUAUAUAUGUUUUUUUCCCAAGUAACAUGAACCAUCUCUUUGCAUCGAUGCAAAUAUCACUGAGAAAGACCCUGUAAGUAUGGAAAAUCUUAGGCUGAUGAGAUAAAUUGCAUAAAGUACUUGGGAAAAAAAAAGAAAAAGAAAAAGAUCGAAAAACAUAUGUUUUAUAAGAUAUUCCCUGCACUUACCUGGAUCAUCAAUAGUAGCUGUUUCACUGAAAAAUGAAAAGAAAAGGGAAAUGACACAUGGAAAGGUGGACUAGUUAAAUAUGCAAAAACUGUUUACUGCAUUUUGUGGAGCUCGGGCUCAAAGUCUAGUACAGAUAGCUAUGGCAAGGAAUUGGUUGAAACAAUCUUGGGUAUAUUAGGUUCAGUGGUUGAAGUUGAAAAAAUGAAGAAAAGGUUUUGGAUCUGCUACAAUCACCGUCUCUGUAAGCUCUAAAUGGUUACCAAUUGAUAUUUCAACAAGUUGGGUACCCUAGAUUUAAAUUUGAUUUGUGAAUUUUCUAAUUUCUGAGAUUGUUAUUAGAUAGGGUAAAAGAAAGGCUAAUUCAUGCUCUUUUUCAAUGACUAGCGGAUGAAAGUUGUUGUCCUCUGAAACUGACAUAUGCAGAAAAAGAAAAUGUCUUACUGGCACAUGCUAAAAGCCACUUCUUUCGACAUCUUAGAUUAGUUCCAAUUUCCAAUUAAAGAUUAUUAUUGCAUUAUGUUGUAUAAAAGAUUGAUUUUGCCCACUGAGCCUCCCAUGCUGUAUUACAUUUAAGAGCCUCACAUCCAAUUCAUCCUUCAGAGUCUCUUCAAUAUUGCAUCGAAACAUUAAAGAAUAAUUUUUAAAAAAAGAAGAAAAAGUGAAAACCGGUUCUUCAUUUGUCUUAAUGCUCUUACUUCUCUCAC